ACGGCACUGUUUCAGACCCACGGAGGCUGCUGCCGGCUGGACCACCUGAAGAGACUCUGCCUGAUGCCCCUUACCUCCAUAUCAACGGCACUGCCAGGGAGGAUGCAGGAGACGGUAGCAUGAGAGCUGUUUCCUCUGAGGGCCCCAGAGCUCCUAAUGAAGGUCCUUGCCCCACAAAGGAACUCCCACCUGCUUUGGAAAAUGACACUCCUGGCAAGGUAUCAGAUGUCUCCUACACCACACUCUUGCAACCAGGAACUUCAGGUGGAGAAACCUCUGUAGCCGGGGCUGGUAGUGAUAAAUCCCAAGCUGGAACCACUGAGGGACCCGUGAAUCUCGUGCCCUAUCUAGACAACAUGACUCUCCUGGCCAAAAAUGAGCAGAUGACAAGAGAGAUGCAUGUGGCUGCAGCUCCAGAAGCAAAUGCCAGGCCCUCUGAGGCUGCAGCAUCCCCUGUCAGUGAGGAUGCAGCAGGAGAGACAGGGGGCAGCAGGGAGAGGGCUGCUGGGGCAGGUAGUAAGGGUGCAAGCUCCAAGCAGACCAGCAUAAUUACAGGGCUUCCUGACUUCAGGGAACACAUCACCAAGAUCUUUGAGCAGUCUGCGCUUGGAGCCCUGGUUGCCAAUCGGGCCCAGAGUAUACCUGGUGAAAAGGCAGGAGCUUCAAGGAAUUUUCUGGUUGAAGGUCCCAGCACAUCACUGAACCCAGAGAAGCUUCUAGAUGGGGUUCAAGGAGUGGCUGCUGCCCAUCUCCCUGUACCUCCUGCCGGACUCCAGGUGGAUAAGAAGCAAGAGUCGAUUGUGGAGGCUGAGAUUUCUCAUCUGGUUCCCCAGGAUCCAGCACCAGAGAAGCUGGUGGAUCUGGCCAAGACAGCCUUGGAGGAGAACCUUCCGAGUGGCAGUAUUGGGGCGGAAGCGACCUGUGCCCCGUUGAUGGUGAUGAGUGAGAGGCUAGAGGGGACUGGAGAGCCUGACCGGGGAGCUCAGGUCUAUCCACAGCAGGGAAGAGGCAGGCAGGAAUCAGCUCUGGGUCUUCCCUCCUCUGUAGCUGUUCAGGGGGUACCAGCAGAAAGAGCUCCCAGCUUCCCUGUGGCUCCCCACAGCCACACAGAAGAGCCUUCUGGAAAAGAGCACCCAGAAACACUGGCCAGCAAGUGUCAACACAGAAGAGAUGAUACCUGGCACCUGGCUCAUACCAAGGGUCCAAAUAGUCUACCAGGAUCCACAUGUGCCCUGGAGGGUUCUUCUCACGGAAGUCUUUUGACUGUGCCUGAAUCUGACAGCAAGCCGUGGAUCGCUGCCCCACUUGAGGGUGGAAGAGGGCCCGAAGCUUCUGUCAGUACUGCAGAAAUGCAAAAUGUGCUGGGCUACCAGGGUACCCCCAAAGAGCUGGCUGGAGGAGCCUUGGAUACUGUGGGGCCUAGCAAAAUGGUGGGGGCUGCUGAGGCAGCAGCCAGUGACAUCAGACCAAGCACAGCUGAGACGUGGGCAUGUGUGUCUGGUGACCUCCCUGAAACAGGUACUACAAGGAUGCUUCCCGCUGUGGCAGGUGACUCAGCACUGCCUGGGAGCUGUCAGGACCCAGGAUUCUCCGACAAGUCUGAGACAAUGAAAGACACAGCCACCCUUCAAGGGGACAGCCAGGCCAGACACCGGCAGGCCAAGGGACAGCUGGGGCCUCCACUCCCUGCUCCUGCAGGGUAUGGGAAGACGAGUGUCUCUUCAGCUCCAGAGCCUGAUGGAAGCAAAGCCACGAAGCUGCACCUCUUGGCUUCAGAAGAACUCCACACUGACAGCGCCCCUGGAACUGAUGAUGUCAUCCAGCCGGCUGCUCCUGCAGACCUGGGACACCCACCCUUAGCUGACUCUUCCCAUCAUGGUGACAACACCAGCUCAGUCUCUGCACAUCUGACAGUCGAGAGGAGUUCCGACUCUGAGGAAGCCUUUGAGACCCCCGAGUCAACAACCCCUGUCAAAGCUCCACCAGCUCCACCCCCACCACCCCCUGAAGUCACCCCAGAGCCUGAGGUCAGCGCUCCGCCAGCCCCAGAAGAACCAGGAUGCAGUCCUGAGCCAGUUGUGGUUCCCGAUGGCCCUCACAGCGACUCCGUGGAAGGAAGCCCUUUCCGUCCUUCUCACUCCUCCUCGGCGGUGUUCGAUGAAGACAAGCCGAUAGCCAGCAGUGGGACUUACAACUUAGACUUUGACAGCAUUGAGUUGGUGGACAACUUUCAGAGCUUGGAGCCAUGCUCCGCCGACUAUAAGGGUCAGGAAUGUAAGGUGAGCACACGGAGGAAAUCCACUGAUUCCGUGCCCCCCUCCAAGUCUACGCUGUCCCGCUCGCUCAGCCUGCAAGCCAGCGACUUUGAUGGUGCUUCCUGCCCGGGCAGCCCGGAAGCUGCGGCCCUUGCCACAGAUGCGUGUGGUACAGGAUCCAACAGUGCUUCCAGCACCCUUAAGCGAACUAAAAAAACACGGCCACCUUCCUUAAAAAAGAAGCAGGCCACCAAGAAACCCACAGAAACCCCUCCAGUGAAGGAGACCCAGCAGGAGCCAGACGAAGAGAGUCCAGUCCCCAGCGAGGAACACCUUGCAGAGCACCUACCGCCAGAGACGAAGACGGAGACGGAGUUGCCCACACCUGAGGGCGCUGGGUGCACCUCGUCAGAGGAGACGCCCCUGGAGCCUGCAACUGUGCCCACAACCACCUCACCUUUGACUUUGGAGAGUGCAGAAGACAUCCCCCCUCUGGUUUCUGGAGGAGGCAGAGUGCAGAACUCACCCCCUGUGGGGAGGAAAUCAGUGCCUCUUACCACAGCCCCUGAGGCAGUGGAGGUGACCCUGUCGGACAGUGGAGGGCAGGAGGAUUUGCCUGCCAAAGGGCUCUCAGUGAGACUGGAGUUUGACUAUUCUGAGGAUAAGGGUAACUGGGACACUCAGCAGGAAAACGCCCCUCCCACCAAAAAGAUAGGCAAGAAGCCAGUUGCCAAAAUGCCCCUAAGGAGGCCAAAGAUGAAAAAGACACCUGAGAAACUCGACAACACUCCUGCCUCACCUCCAAGGUCCCCUACUGAACCCAGUGACAUCCCCAUUGCUAAAGGUACCUACACCUUUGAUAUAGACAAGUGGGAUGACCCCAACUUUAACCCUUUUUCCUCCACCUCAAAGAUGCAAGAGUCUCCCAAACUGCCCCAACAGUCCUACAACUUUGACCCCGAUGCCUGUGAAGAGUCCCUUGACCCCUUUAAGACAUCCUCUAAGACCCCCAGCUCACCUUCUAAAUCCCCAGCCUCUUUUGAGAUCCCAGCCAGCACCAUCGAAGUGGACGGGGAUGGGUUGAAUAAGCCCGCCAAGAAGAAGAAGACCCCCCUGAAGACUGAUACAUUCAGGGUGAAGAAGUCGCCGAAGAGGUCUCCUCUGUCUGAUCCACCUUCUCAGGACUCCACUCCAGCUGCCACACCGGAAGCACCCCCAGCAAUAUCUGCAGUGGUCCAUGCUACAGAUGAGGAGAAGCUGGCCGUCACCAGCCAGAAGUGGACAUGCAUGACAGUGGACUUGGAUGCUGACAAACAGGACUUCCCACAGCCCUCGGACCUGUCUAACUUUGUAAAUGAAACCAAAUUCAAUUCACCCUCAGAGGAGCUGGACUACAGAAACUCCUAUGAAAUCGAAUACAUGGAAAAGCUUGGCUCCUCCUUACCCGAUGAUGACACUCCGAAGAAGCAGGCCUUGUACCUUAUGUUUGACACCUCUCAGGAGAGCCCUGUCAAGUCUCCUCCAGUCCGGAUGUCGGAUUCCCCAACUCCAUGUUCGGGGUCGAGUUUUGAGGAGACUGAAGCCCUUGUGAACGCCGCAACAAAACUCCAGCAUCCUGUUACACGUGGGCUGGUCUCCAACCAGGAGACUCUCUUGCAGGUGCCAGAGAAGUCAUCCCAGAAGGAGCUGGAAGCCAUGGCCUUAGGCACCCCCACAGAGGCAAUUGAGAUUACAGCUCCGGAGGGUGCCUUUGCCUCUGCGGAUGCCCUCCUCAGCAGGCUGGCCCAUCCUGCCUCUCUCUGUGGUGCACUUGACUAUCUGGAGCCUGACUUAGCAGAAAAGAACCCCCCAGUAUUUGCUCAGAAACUUCAGGAGGAGUUAGAGUUUGCCAUCAUGCGGAUAGAAGCCCUGAAGCUGGCCAGGCAGAUCGCCCUGGCUUCCCGCAGCCGCCAGGACACCAAGAGGGAAGCUGCUCACCCACCAGAUGUCUCCAUCUCCAAAACUGCCUUGUACUCCCGCAUCGGGCCCACCGAGGUGGAGAAACCCCCCGGCCUUCUGUUCCAGCAGCCAGACCUCGACUCUGCACUCCAAGUUGCCAGAGCAGAGGUUAUCUCCAAGGAAAGAGAAGCCUCAGAGUGGAGGGACAAAUAUGAAGAAAGCAGGCGGGAAGUGAUGGAGAUGAGGAAAAUUGUGGCUGAAUAUGAAAAGACCAUUGCACAGAUGAUCGAGGAUGAACAGAGAGAGAAAUCGGUCUCCCACCAAACCGUGCAGCAGCUGGUCCUAGAGAAGGAGCAAGCCCUGGCUGACCUGAACUCUGUGGAAAAGUCUCUGGCUGACCUCUUCAGGAGAUACGAGAAGAUGAAGGAGGUCCUGGAAGGCUUCCGCAAGAAUGAAGAGGUGCUGAAGAAAUGUGCACAGGAGUACCUGUCCCGAGUGAAGAAAGAGGAACAGAGGUACCAGGCCCUGAAGGUUCACGCAGAAGAGAAACUGGACAGGGCCAAUGCAGAGAUUGCCCAGGUUCGAGGCAAGGCCCAGCAGGAACAAGCAGCCUACCAGGCUAGCCUUCGGAAGGAGCAGCUGCGAGUGGACGCUCUAGAGAGAACGCUGGAGCAGAAGAAUAAAGAAAUAGAAGAACUCACAAAGAUUUGUGACGAACUGAUUGCCAAAAUGGGGAAAAGCUAACUUUGAACCAAGUGCUUGGACUUGGCCAUUGCGUGCAAUACGACCGUCGGCACACUGUUGUCCUUCCGAUUCCGUGGACAGGUUCUCUUUUCACUUUAUAUGCACUACUGUGUUCCCUUUCUAAAUAAGGUGGUUUGACCGUAUGCAGUGCCGAGACCUACCAGGAUUCCUUGCUAUCCGUUUGCAUUUUCUAGUAUAAUUCAUAGCAAGUUGACCUCAGAGUUCCUGUAUCAGGGAGAUUGUCAGAUUCUCUAAUAAAAAGGCAAAUUGCUGACCUUGGCCUUGUCCUUUGGCGAGCAGCAUCUGAUGUGACAUGAACAUACACAACCUGCAUAGGGACUCUUGCCUUAAAGAGUGUACAAUUGAUCCACAUUUGCUGGUUUGUUUUUUUU